AUAUGGGAACACCACCUCAUCCUUCUAAAUCACACCCCCUCACCUUCUAUUUCUCCAACUCCUCUUCCUCUACAUUAUCUUCUUCUUUUCUCAAACUCUCCAAUUUUCAGACAGUAUGGGAAGUACCGACGGAGCGACCUAUGGUGCUUACACCUAUGAGAAUCUCGAGAGGGAACCUUACUGGCCAUCUGAGAAGCUCAGAAUUUCCAUUACCGGAGCUGGCGGUUUCAUUGCCUCUCACAUUGCUCGUCGUUUGAAAAGCGAGGGUCAUUAUAUUAUUGCUUCUGACUGGAAGAAGAAUGAGCACAUGUCAGAAGAUAUGUUCUGUCAUGAAUUCCAUCUCGCGGAUCUGAGGGUCAUGGACAAUUGCUUGAAGGUUACUGAGGGCAUCGACCAUGUGUUUAACCUUGCUGCUGAUAUGGGUGGGAUGGGUUUCAUCCAGUCCAACCACUCUGUCAUUAUGUAUAAUAACACCAUGAUUAGCUUCAACAUGCUUGAGGCCUCUAGGAUUAAUGGUGUUAAGAGGCUCUUCUAUGCCUCAAGUGCUUGCAUUUACCCUGAAUUUAAGCAACUGGAGACUAAUGUGAGCUUGAAGGAGUCUGAUGCCUGGCCUGCAGAGCCUCAAGAUGCUUAUGGCCUGGAAAAACUCGCAACAGAGGAAUUGUGCAAGCACUAUACCAAGGACUUUGGAGUUGAAUGCCGCAUUGGAAGAUUCCACAACAUUUAUGGUCCUUUUGGAACAUGGAAAGGUGGCAGGGAAAAGGCACCUGCUGCUUUUUGCAGGAAGGCCAUCACUUCCACCGACAAGUUUGAGAUGUGGGGGGAUGGAAUCCAAACCCGAUCCUUCACUUUCAUUGAUGAAUGUGUUGAAGGUGUGCUUAGAUUGACUAAGUCGGACUUCCGGGAGCCUGUGAACAUCGGAAGUGAUGAAAUGGUUAGCAUGAAUGAGAUGGCUGAGAUUGUUCUGAGCUUUGAGGACAAGAAGCUUCCCAUCCAUCAUAUUCCUGGCCCAGAAGGUGUCCGUGGCCGUAACUCCGACAACACCUUGAUCAAAGAGAAGCUCGGUUGGGCUCCUACAAUGAAGCUAAAGGAUGGCCUGAGAUUCACAUACUUGUGGAUCAAGGAACAGAUUGAGAAGGAGAAAUCUAAAGGAGUUGACUUGUCUGUUUAUGGAUCUUCGAAAGUGGUGGGCACUCAAGCACCGGUGCAGCUAGGAUCACUCCGUGCCGCUGAUGGCAAAGAAUGAAGUGUUUGAAGCUAUAAGACUGUUUAAAGAAAGCAAAUAGUUUCUAUAAAGUAUCCAUGUUUGUGCAGUACUAAGGAGGUUUUAGUAGUAUGCACCGUAUUUAGUUUUAAGUUAUUAUUAUUAUGGUUUCUUGUUUGUAUUAUGUUCUAAAUUUCUGGGAAGUUAUGAUGCCCCAUUUUAUAAUGUUUUUUCUUGCAGUCUCUGCUUUGGUUCUGUAAUUUUACAUUGCUUGGCAUUUUUCGCCAUCAAUGUUGUACCAUGCGACAAGCUUUUAGCGGCUGUCGGAAAAGUUUCAAUUCUGCAAAUAAAACCGUUUAACUUGGAAUUUCAAGUUAUGAUA